AGGUCCGCCCAACCGCGCCUGCAUGACCGAGCUCAUCCGCGCGAAGGCGCAAAUCCGCAACCUGACGCAGGAGAACGAGCGGCUGCGCAUGCGCCUGAUGGACGCGCCGACGGCGAGCAUGCGCGGAGGCGAGGUGGAGGCGACCAUCGACAACCGGCCGGGAGGGACCAUCGCAAGGACAGAGAACUGGGCCAUGCGGCUUCGCGGCGGGAUGGCGCCUAACCGCGGCCGUGUGGAGCUGAAGGUGGAAGGCGGGAACUGGGGAAUCAUCUGUGAUGACGAGUGGGACAAGCUGGCGGCUGAUGUCGUCUGCAGGCAACUCGGAUACAAGAACGGAGCCAAGAUGGCGACCAAGAACUCGAGGUUCGGGGACGGGCGGCGGGACUUCAUCCUGGAUGACGUCACGUGCACUGGGAACGAGAGGACCCUGAUGGAGUGCUCGCACCGCGGCUGGUGGGAGUCCGACUGCGACAGGAACGAGGUGGCCGGAGUCGUCUGUCUGCUGAACGACGUUGCGAUGUCGCUGUCCCACCGUGAGUGUUAUGUAGAGCAGGGUGAGACGUACCGAGGCACGGCCAGCACCACCCUGUCAGGCAGGACCUGCAUCAGCUGGAGCGAGGCUACAAACAUGCGGUACAGCACGAUGCGUUACCCUGACGGUGAGUUCGGGCUGGGCGACCACAACUACUGCCGCAACCCCGACGGCGACAAGCAGCCCUGGUGCUACGUCAACAUGGAGCAGGGAUUCGACUACUGCGAGAUACCAAAAUGCGACGUGGAGUGUUAUACGGAAGACGGCGCCACCUACCGCGGGAAGGAGGACACCGAUAAAAACGGGAACGACUGUUUGUGGUGGGACGACGAAAAGCCGGGCAUGCACAUCAACGUCUACAGCUAUCCUAACGGCAAGGGCGGCAUCGGUGUGCAUAACUACUGCCGGAACCCUAACGGCGCCCGGGAGCCGUGGUGUUACGUGAAGCCGUCCCGCAGCAGCCCCGUCCUGGCCUCCGCCUGCGGGAUUCCGUCCUGCGACGCCACGGGCACUGACGGGACCGACGGGACAGACUGCUUCAGCACCGAGGACGGAGGGCGCAGCUACAGGGGUACCGUGAGUGAGACCGCUGACGGCGUGCAGUGCCAGCGGUGGGACGUGCAGACUCCACACGAACACCAGAACACGCCCGAGUUCAACCCGGACAAAGGUCUGGAGGGGAAUUACUGCCGGAACCCGUCACCGGAGGGAGCUUCGCUGUUCAAACCCUGGUGCUACACAACUGAUCCCCAGCAGCGAUGGGCCUACUGCAGCGUAGAGGAGUGCGACGAAACAACAGAAGAGGUUGUGUGCCCGGAGGGACAAUUCAAAUGCCAGUCUACUUCAAACUGCUUCCCGAAUGAGUUCCAGUGUGACGGAGACACUGACUGUGAGGAUGGCACAGACGAGGCGGAAUGUGGCGGGUUCCUGGGAGAGUACCGGAUCUACCGUAACGCUGCGCUUGUGCUGGAGGAGGACGAGUAUCUGGCCGGUUACACCAACGUGGACCCGGAGACCUGCAUGCAGAUCUGCUCCGAGACCACCGACUUCGUCUGCAAGGCGUUCGACUACAACAAGCAGAAGAGGGAGUGUGAUCUCACGCACAAGAACCAGUUGACCACAGGUGGACUCCUGAGUGGACUAGGCUAUGAGAAUGUGGAUCACUAUGAACGUGUGGACCAGUCAACCCAGGACUGUUCGGAGCUGCCAGGCGGACCCUUCACGCAGUGUCCCAACGGAAAAUGCAUCCCGGAGUCGUUCCAGUGCGACGGAGAUAACGACUGUGGAGACUUCUCAGACGAGGAGAAUUGCGAAAAUGCGGCGCCCUUUGAAGUGCGUCUGCGCGGUGGUGAGCGCGAGGGUCAAGGUCGCGUAGAGGUCAAGUACAUGGGGGAGUGGGGAGCUGUUUGUGACGACUCGUGGGACCUCAAGGACGCUGAUGUCGUCUGCAAGCAACUGGGAUAUCCUCUAGGAGCGGAGAAGGUCCACAGCGGUUCGACGUUCGGCGGCAGUCGGCUGGACUUCCUGCUGGACGAGGUGGACUGCACGGGCCCGGAGUCGACCCUGGAGGACUGUGGACACAAGCCGUGGGGGGAACACGACUGCUCACCAACCGAGGCCGCUGGUGUCACGUGUAAAGUACAAGAAGGCUGCCUGGCGAGUGAGUACACCUGUGCAGACGAAAAGGAGUGCAUCCCGCACAGCUACGUGUGUGACGGAGACCUGGACUGUGCUGACGAGAGCGACGAGAAACAGUGUGAAUGCUACAAGGGAAAAGGCAUAAACUACCAAGGCCGGCACCACACGACGGAGCUUGGAGAGGAGUGCCUGUACUGGAACGCGACGCUGGAUCGGAACUACAACACCCGGGAGUACCCUGGCGGCGAGUACCGUCUGGGCCCACACAACUACUGCCGCAACCCCGACCGGGAUGACAGGCCCUGGUGCUACAUAGAAGUGGACGAGGACGGGCGAAACUGGCGCAGCUGCGAGAUCCCCAAGUGCACAGAUCUGCCGGCCGAGGGCCCCGAUCCCGAGGGCCCAGGUGAACCCGAGGGCCCAGAGCCCGAGGACCCCGUGGACCCGGUCCCGCCGCAGCCCUCUGGCGGGACCUGCGGAGUGAAGACCGAGAUUACCGACUCCGCCCCCCUCAGCGGCCCGGUCAUGUUCGAGAGGAUCGUCGGAGGCUCCACAGCGCUGAAGGGAGAAUACCCCUGGCAGGUGGCGCUGCACGUGAAAGGCCGCGGCCACCAUUGCGGAGGAACCUUGAUCGAUCCGUGCUGGGUGGUAACAGCUGCGCACUGCAUGGAGUACUACGACAGCUCAUACACAGUGGUUCUCGGAGAACACAACAACCGGGUGGACGAAGGGUCGGAGCAGAGGUUUGACCUGGACGAGUCCUUCUCGCACCAGCUGUACGACGACGAGUCAACCGAUAACGACAUCGCGUUGCUGAAGCUGCGGAGGAAGAACGGGAUGUGCGCGCAGACGAACCAGUUCGUCACUCUGGCGUGUCUCCCAGAGUCAGCAGAACAGUUCCCAGACGGACACGAAUGCUACAUCAGUGGGUGGGGAAACACAGACUCCAGCCGCCCCAACUAUCCGGCUACCCUGAUGAAGGCUAAGGUGCCCCUGCUGCCCAUAUCCACCUGCCGACGUAGCUAUGGCGACAAGCUGACCGACCAGAUGUUCUGCGCUGGGUUCAUGAGGGGAGGAGUCGACACCUGUCAGGGCGACUCUGGCGGCCCUCUGGUGUGCGAGAAAAGUGGCAAGUGGACGCUGUGGGGCGUGACGUCAUGGGGCUACGGCUGCGCAGAAGCGAACUUCCCCGGCGUGUACACCCGCGUGUCCGAGUACACCAACUGGAUCAACAACAUCAUGCGGAACAACCCUUAGGACGACUCGGCUA